UUUGUGUUGUUAGUUAAUUAAUCUUGGUAUUUAAGCAAAACAAAUGACGACCCCCAAUGAAAUUGCAUCGAGUUGGUAUCGUGGGAUCGGGCAGCUUCGGCACAGCCAUUGCAAACGUUCUUGCGCGAGGCGCGCUGAAGAAGGCCGCGUUUGAUGACACGGUGAAAGUAUGGAUUUUUGACGAAAGUGUGGAUGUAGAUGGAAAUGCGGUGAUGCUCAGCGAAUACAUCAAAGAGAAAAAGGAAAAUGUAAAAUAUUUACCAAAUGUAGAAUUACCUGAAAAUCUUUUGUUCAUCAAGGAUCUGAAAAAGGUUGCGGACACAAGCGAUAUUUUGAUCUUCGUUGUUCCUCAUCAGUUCAUCGAAAGGAUUGUGCAGCAGUUAAGAAACAUGAGUCUGAAGCGAAAGAUUGCGUGUUCGUUGAUGAAGGGAACGCUCUUCUCGGAGGAAACCUCUGAACUCGUUCUCAUCUCAAAUUAUAUUGAACGAGAACUUGGUUGGUCAUGUUCAGUCGCAAUGGGUGCAAACAUCGCCACAGAAAUGCAUCGAAGCGUGUGCGAAAUGACAAUAGGGUCCAAAGAGGAUGGCGAUGUGCUGAAACGGCUCUUCGACACUCCGCAGAUAAAGACCACGGUUGUCAAGGAUAAAGCAUCGGUAGAGAUGUAUGGAGCACUGAAGAACAUUGUAGCCAUAGGCUAUGGAAUGGCAUACGGCCUUAAUCUAUCCAUUAACACGCAGGUAAGCAUAAUGAGGUGGGGAAUGCUUGAGAUGAUGCGAUUUGUGAGGAUUAUCGAUGCAAGUGCUGAUUUUGGUACAAUUUUGGAGUCGUGUGGUGUAGCGGAUCUCAUGGUUAGCUGUAUCACGGGGAGAAACGCGAAGUGUGGGGAGAGGAUGGCCAGGGAAAAUCUAACUAUAGAAGAGAUAGAGAAGGAUAUGGGUGGUCAGAAGCUGCAGGGGACAUUGUGCGUGUAUGAGGUGAUGAUGUAUCUGAGGAAGAAAAAUAUGGAGGAUGACUUUCCUGUGUUCCGUACUAUUUACAAUAUUUGCUACGGUAAAGCGAAAUGUAACGAAAUUUUGAGCGUUUUUAACGAAUAAAUGUUUGUAUGGUAUUCGUAUGAUGCGGCGUUGAGAGGCAACGAACUUUUAUAGCACGAAAAAGCGUGAAAUAGCUGUGCUGAAGGAGUAUGGCCUUAAUCUAGCGGUUUAAAACAGGCAACCUCUCUAUCUUGGAAUAGAAUACUCUCAGGUAGGAGUAUAUUACAAUUCGUGGAUAGUUUAGAUCGUGGCUGUACAUCCACUUUAUCAUUUUAUGGCCAUUGAUAAGAUAAAUCGGAUUGAAUGCUUCUUUUUGGGUUUAAACUGGGAUAAAAGUAUGUUGUGCACUGAUUACAACCAAUUCAUACCAAAUAUGAGCGCGUUGUGAUUAUUUUUUUGCCAUGAAACACACCUUUAAUACACUGUUCUGUAGCACAAAUCAUAAUUAAUACGUAAAUGAGGUACAAUUGUGGUAAAAUACCCGCUUUACAUCAACCAUAAGUAAAUCAUCUUCAAUCGAAAACAAUAUUUUGAGCAUCGGUACAAGAAGCAUUCUGU